UGAGCGAGAUGUGUAUUUGCUGGUGAUUGGCUCCUAAGAUCAUUUUAUGUUUCUCCCUCUCGCGCGACCUGUAGCGCGUCCGCUCGCCUUCCUCCGACUUUCCACGCGAGCGCCCAACGCAGUGCGUGGAUAUGCAUCUACGCCUACCAUAGACAAGGACAUUCGGAACUUGCUGGAGGCGGAGAAACUGAGUCGCAAUGACCCAGAUUUCAAUAGAACAGCACAUAGUGAAGCGGAUAGCUUUCUGAACUCCCCACCUCCGCCCAUUCCGGGAGAGUCCAAUCUCGAUAGAGACGGCAACCGAAUUCAUCGAGCAUCCGUGCUAGAUCCACCAAAGUGCGGGACAGUCUGCGACCCAAUUUGUGCCGUCUUCUCAACUUUUUGUAGGGUUGCCAGGUCUUCGAAAGAGCUCUUUGGUACCCAACAACGCGCAACGCUACAGACUCUGCCCAAUGGCUUCAACACCAGGUCAUUGCCUCUUCGAGGACCGUUACCUGAAGAUUGUUCAGAAAUUCAAUUCGCCUCGACUGUCGUACACGGACGCUCCAUCCAUAGACCCUUCCGUCACCCUCGUACUCACGGCCUUCCUGCUGCACAAAUUCAAUUCCGGUCGCACGACCCGUUGAUGAUGUCGCUCUUUGUCCACUUUGCAACGCAUGCGGCCUACUCUCUUGGCAUUCCUUGUUCGCGGAUGUACUCCCUUCCGACGCAACGCACGCUCUGGACUGUGCCCCGUGGUCCUUUCGUGCACAAGAAGUCGCAGGAGAAUUUUGAGCGUAAAGUUCAUCGGCGCGGAAUCUCAGCUUGGGACGCAGAUCCUCAUGUUGUCGACCUGUGGUUCAAAUACCUUCGAAGGCAUGCAAUGGGUGGUGUUGGCAUGCGAUGUGUCAAGUGGGAACGGUUACCGAUGGGUGUGGGCAAGAAAAUGCUGGCCCAGGUCGAGCAUGGUUUGAACAAGUCCGACGCUAAAACAUCCAAGAGCCGCAUACAGAGCAUGGGUGACAAGAUUGUGGCUCGGGAGAUGGGUGUCGCACGCAAAUCCUCAGACAACGUGAAGACGGUAGAGCACAAUUGA